UUUACUGCUAAGACGAGUUCCAAUCGCAAGAUAGCUGGUUUGAGUUAUACUGGAGGACAAAAACCAUACAAGGACCAGGAACAGGGAAUGCUUCCACUAUCAAAUUGGAAAUUUUUAUCAAUUAUUCCAUUUAUUCGAAAAUUAUUAUAUAAUAAAUAA